AUGGAUUUCUCUAAAUUCAGCAAGGGUUUCUCUGAUCUCAGUGCGCAGAUUACUCCGUUUGCGUCACGGACCUUUCAGUUUACCAAGGAGCAGUUGGGCCAAGCAGAUGAUCGAACUGAGCUUCCUGCCGACUACAUCGACCUUGAGAAAAAGGUCGAUGCGCUGAAACAAGCCCACCAGAAGAUGCUUGCGGUGACUUCGCAAUAUACCAACGAAGCCUAUGACUAUCCUCCCAACAUCAAGGAGACAUUUCAAGACCUUGGCCGAACUGUGAGUGAGAAGGUCAGCCUUCUAUCUUCGGCUACAUCUACUGCAGAGGCCCAAGCAGCUCUCGUGGCUCCAGCAUCUGCGAAGCCGCAACCGAAGACUUUCAACCAUGCCAUCUCUCGUGCGAGCUUAUCCAGCAGCCAGCUCCUGCACCAGCACCACACUGGUGCUGGCGAAGAUCCUCUGGCAACAGCUCUAGAGAAAUAUGCACUUGCCAUGGAACGAGUGGGCGAUGCGCGCCUUGCUCAAGAUUCACAAAUUCAAAGCCGGUUCCUAGCAGGAUGGAACACGACCCUCAAUACCAAUCUUACCUUUGCGGCACGUGCUAGAAAGAAUGUUGAAAAUUCAAGAUUGACUCUCGAUGCUGUCAAAGCUCGCGUAAAGGGAACAACCUUCAAACUAGGCGGUGGCCACGCUCGAGCUGAUCGUCCCGACGAAGCAGAGCUCAGCGCCGAUGCUCAAGAAGAAAUCGAGAAAGCAGAGGAUGAGUUCGUGACACAGACCGAGGAAGCGGUUGGCGUGAUGAAGAACGUUUUGGACACCCCUGAACCACUUCGUAACCUCGCCGAACUUGUUGCUGCCCAAAUGGAAUACCACAAGAAGGCAUACGAGAUUCUAAGUGAACUCGCUCCAGUCCUCGAGACCCUGCAGACUGAGCAAGAAUUCGUUGUCGCUGGCGUCUCAGAAGCGGAUGAGAAUCCAAGAUCAUCAGUGAAACAAUUCCCACACCGUGGGCUCGAUUUCGAGAGACAAGAGAGAAAAUACCAGUCUGGGUCUGAAUAUAAAGAACAGAAACCGAGGCUCCGGGAAGAUGAUCGCAAGGGCCAUCUGGACGUCCUCUUACGCGCGACUGAGCAAUUCCUGGCUCAAGGGGAGAUCGCGAAAGCAGCGAAAGCGUUUGGAAUCGUUCUUCAACUGAGGCCUCGGGCUGAAGCCAUCGACAUUCGUCUCCACGACCUCUGGGCAAUUGGGUCGGAGAUUCUGAUGCGGCAGAGAGAGCAGCUGAAGGAGGUUGAUGAGCAACUAUUGACUGGCAGCAAUGGCAUUCAAAUGGUGGCAUCACGGUGGGGUUCUUCCAGCAACAUGAGCGAAUUGAAGUCGUACUUUGAGGUAUUGAUUCGUCAGUACGCAUACGAUCAUAAAGCGCCACACAAGCUCUCAGCUGUCGACUUCUGGCUGGCCCUGCUUAGCUGCGAGUUAAGCACCAUCUACGCAGAGCAUCUGAGGGGCAUCGCUCAUCUGGAGGCUGAAACGAGACUUCAACAUGGGGUGUCUACACGUCAUGAUACUGUUCUGUCGUCGUCGCCCAAUACAAAUGAGUCUCUUGGUGGACACUCCGAUUUUGAGGCCGUGGACUCUGGGCUGCAAUAUGAGGCAAAAAUGGACUGGGCAAAUCAAAGAGAAGCAAUUUGCCAACGCACCUUGUCUGGCCUACGAGAUAUUAACCAGAGGACGGAAAAACUAGUCGACCAAUUGCCUUACUCCAAGAACGAGAGCUUCUUACAGUUAAGAGAGAUAACGUCACUUCUCUCUAUUGACUUGAGUUUACUAAAUUCUAGCACCUCAAGGUCAUAG